AUGUCUGCACCGACGAUGGAACGCGAUGUGCCUGACGUGUGCGGAGAGUGCGGAAGUACGGAUCUCGUCGAGGACACCAAGAACGGGGACCUCGUCUGCGCCCAGUGCGGUGUUGUCGCUGCCGAGCUGCUCAUCGACCUGGGCCACGAGUGGCGAACUUUCGAAAACGACGAUUCGGCAUACGAUCCGAAUCGAGUCGGUGGGAGCAUAAAUCCCCUGCUAGACAGUGGCCUCGCCACCUCAAUCUCACAAGGACCGGCCGGUGCCAAUGCCCUGAACGAGCGUCUAGCUCGAGCGCAGUCACGAAACGUGCUUGAUGCGAACGACCGCUAUGUCACGGAGUGUUAUAACCGAAUCUCUUACCUGUGCGAGCGCUCUGGCCUACCGCAGCUCGUGAAGGAUCGUGCUUGCGAGCUCCUCAGACUCUACUACGAUCACCUGACGUUAGGUGCAGACGGGGUGCGAGCUCGUGCUCGUUUUCGUGAGGACGAAACCGCCUCAAUUAUCUCUGCAGCACUGUUUAUCGCCUGUCGCAAUGAAGGCUUUCCACGCACCUUCAAUGAAAUCUCGGUCAUCGUAUCUGUCGCCAAGUCUCGCGUUGCGGCAUACGUGAAGGCAAUGGAGAUGUCGAUUGGCGAGGCAGCCAAAAUCAGUCGGAUUCGCACCACAGACGACUUUGUCUCCCGUUUCUGCUCCUAUUUAGAGAUCCCGAACAUCGUGCGCUCCCUCGUGAAUCAGGUCGCACGGGCAGCAGCUGAAAAAGAUGGCAUUCAUGGUCGAACACUGGUAUCGAUUGCGGCUGGUGCCAUCUAUUUCGUCCUGUUGUUAUGGCGGGAGACGUGCCCACAGAGCAUUCCAGCAACGUUGCGAGUGAGCGAUGAAGCGCUCGUGAACCGAAUCGCUGAAGUUUCAGGUAUAACAGAGGGUGUUGUGAAGACGGUUGCGAGUCGAAUUCGGCAGUACCGGGAUCGGGGUCUGCUGCCCCCGGACUGGGUCCGUCGCUUCCCGUCGAGGCUUGAGCCAGAGCUUCCGACGUCUUCGUCUGAGCGACAAGAUCCCACGGGGAACGAGCUAAUUCAUGAACAGUCGGCACCAACGGUGUCAUCGAAACGUCCACGUCAGGGAAGCCACUGA